AUGAAAGAAGCAGUUGAAACCAGUAUUGUUACAUCAUAUUUAUGGCCUAAAUUCAUAAGGUUCAGGUUGAUAGAAAAUAUUAGAGCUCGGGAAGAUUUAACAUACUCUGAGUUCUUGCUUGCCUUGGGUAAUGGUGAGCUACAGAAUUCAGAAAAAGCGUAUGUACAGAUUCCAGACCAAGUAGCUCAAUUUUGUGAAUCCGGAAACAAUUUCAUAUCUGAUCUCAUAGAAGCAACGUUCCCUGAAAUGAUGCAAGGUAACCUUGGUACUGAUAGAUUUAUUGAUCGAGCAAUCCUAACACCAUUAAACGAUGAAGUGGAUUCGAUUAAUGCAUUCAUGAUAGAAAAAUUUGAAGGCAGAGCUGUUAUAUACAAGAGUUUUGAUAUCAUGUUGAAUGAUACAUGUAAUAUAUAUCCUACGAAAUUCAUGAAUAGCUUGUGCCCAGGAGGAAUGAGCCCUCAUGAGCUUGUGCUGAAGGAGAACUGUCCGGUAAUUCUUUUAAGGAAUCUUUUACCUUCGUCUGGUUUGUGCAAUGGCACCCGUCUUACUUGUAAGAGGUUUUUCCCAAACGUUAUCCAAUGUGUAAUUGCUACAGGACAGUACAAAGGAGAUCAUGUUUUCAUCCACAGAAUCAAUUUAAGACCAUCUGGUUCUAUGAAUUAUCCUUUCCAAUUUGAAAGGAAACAGUUUCCCAUCAAGGCUAAAAAGGCAGCAGAUGUUGUUGUCUUUUAUGCUAAGCCUCCAGAUCAACACCCUCAAAACACUGUACAAAAUGUAGUGGCUUUUGAAGUGUUGAGGUUGCAGGAUGAAGGAAUCCUAAGUUAUAACUUAGAAGAUAUGGAGGAAUAUAUUCUGCACCUUCUGCUAGGACCUGAGCUAGAUAAAGAUUUGCUUAAUAGUUAA